AUGGCUGGCUACGGGGUCAGUCUUCACGGUCUGGGUCGUGUGUGCGGCGGACAAGCCGAGAGCCCGCAGACAGAGAAAGAUGUCGAUCCGGCGAACUUCCAGCAACUCCUACGCCAGUUGCGGGAUCAGUCGGUAAUGCAAGGCGACGUUGCCGCGUUGAGGCAGGAGAUGCUGACCCUGAAAAUGGUGGUGAGCACAGCCAAAACCGAGAUGACCGUCUUGAUUGAGCAGGAGGUUGGAGAGGCCAUUGCAAAGGAACGUGCAGAACGAGAGCGCGCUGAGCGACUCAUGGAUGAAAGAGUUGCAGCCAAUGUGCAGCAAUCCCAGAUCCAACAGGAGGAGGUGGAGAAGCUCCAAGGCCGGCUGGAGUCAACUGCGAAGGCCGUGCAAGCGACCCUCGAGAAGCUGACGAAGGAAGCCACGGAGGCCGCACGAGACGGCCAGGUCUUGCAGCACAAGCUGCAGAGGCUCGAGGACAAAGAAGGUAGAGACAUGACGCAGAUAAAGCAGGACAUGAACUUGCAAACGCAGAGUCUGCAGGCGACGAAGGUGCAGCUAGAGCACCUUGUGCAAGAGACCUGCCAGCAGUUUCAGGCCGAGCAGGGUCAGGAGCUUCUGGAGGUCAAUAGUAAGUAUGACACCUUGCACAAGGCAAUCUGGGGUCGUCUUGCUGUGCAGAGCCGGCAGAUGAAGGAGACGACACACCUGGGGCUUUGGGAGGAUCUGAACCAGCUGGCUGGGCAAGUUCAAGAUUUGGUGAGCAAGCAGGAGGGCAGCGCGAAACUUGGGGAGGAGCAGGGUCGCUUGUUGGACGAGCUCCAGCAUUCGCAUGAUGGAUUGGAGAAGAGGACCAGCGAAUUGAUGGACCGAUUGGCCGCUGCCGAGCAGAAGCAUGCCUUGCUAGAGGAGUCGUCCAGUCAGGGUGAUACAAAGGUUUUGCAACUGAGCGACAAGAUGACUCAAAUGGCACAGGUUUCAGAGAAGCUGUUACAUGAUGCACAAGCUGCAGCCAUUGCAUCCGCCGCAGCCGGUAGUCAGGUGCACGCGCUUGAGACAUGGCAAGCCGAGGCACAACUGAAGCUGGGCUCAUUGGAAAGGGCUGCUGCCGAAGUGAGAGAAACGUGCUCUCAGGCCGUCCAGCUAAAAGCGCACACGCAGGAGCAGGAGCGCUGGCACGAUCGCUUCGCUGACUGCCUGCAGCGCCUUGCAAGUCUGGAGACCCAGGCAGUGUCCAUAGGUCAAGACAGGAAGGCGUGUGAUGAGGACCUGCGGAGAAUCCAAGCACAGAGCAGGAUCCUGGAGACUUCUCUGGAGCAAGCUGCACAGGCUGAUGCACGACAAGCAGAGCUCCAAAGCCGGCUGGAGGAGAGGUGCGGUGCCAUGGAUCUGCGCCAAUCUUCCAUGUCGGAAGAGCUCGCCAGGAUGCUUUCCAAGGAGAAGAUCAUCGAGGAUCUGGAUGCGAAAGUCUGCGAUCUUCAGCCAUGUAUUGCCUCUUGCGACGAGAAUUUGGCGCUGAUCCGCAACCUGCAGGCUGCACAUGAAGACAUCAGGAGUGCCCAGGAGGGCAACCGGCAAUCGCUCGAUACGUCUGUGCGGGCAUUGGAGCAACAGUUUUCAGAGGUGCAGCGAUCAAACAGCGAGGCCAAAGACAGCCUUGCAAAAGCACACGCAGAGAUCUUGAGGCUUUCCAGGCAAGAUGACGCGCUGAGCAGCGCCCAGGCCACUCUAAGCCACGAAGUUGACCUGAUUCAGAAGACGCUGCCGACGGUGGUCGAAAAUCAGAAGGAGAUCUACGCCACCGGUUCCGUUCUGAAGCGAUUGGAGGACCAAGUCAACGCUCUUCCCAAGGCCCAAGCAGAGCUGCACGACAGAGCCAGAGCGCUUGCGGAAAGCAGAUACAAAGAGCUCGGAUGUCAUUUGGAUGCAGCCGAGAAGCGCUGGGAAGAUCGCUUGAAGGUGGCUCAAAGCAGCUGGGCCGCCGAAAAGGCUUCCACCGAGUCCCAGUUCGUGGCAACACGCCAGCGACUGGAUAAGGUGGAUGCUGGCUCCAAAGAGGUUCAGCUUGCACAGGUAGCUGCAGCAAAAGACCUUCAAGUUGAGUUCGAGAGCCUGCGCGGCCGAUUGGGCGCGGCCGAGCAGCAACAGGAUCUGGAAUCAAAGCAGCUCGCAGGAAGGAUCGUGGCAGCACAGGCGGCUGCUGAAUCCAACUUGGCAGUUGUCCGACAACUUGUCGAUAAGACGGAGGCUUCCACCGAGUCCCAGUUCGUGGCAAUACGCCAGCGACUAGAUAAGGUGGAUGCUGACUCCAAAGAGGUUCAGCUCGCACAGGUAGCUGCAGCAAAAGACCUUCAAGUUGAGUUCGAGAGCCUGCGAGGCCGAUUGGGCGCGGCCGAGCAGCAACAGGCUUUCAGCAACUCCGGCAUCUCCGCCGUCCGGCAGCAGAUCGACAAGCUGCACACUGAGUCUGCUGAGGCAUUGAAGAUUCUGGAAGUGCAGCUUUCCGAGCAGUUUUCCGGGCAGAUGUCGGCAGUUGAGCUGAAACAGGCGGCAGCCGCAGCGGAAUUGCGGAAGGCUCUCGACGCAGAGCUUGCAGGGGCUCAGGCCGCCUUGAGAGAGCGGCUCUCGGAGGUCCUCGAGCAGCUGCCAGAGUUGGAGGCACGUCUGGAGGACCAGAAGGGACAGAUCGAGGCCGUGCGGACUCGCCAAGACGUGAACUACGAUGCAGUCGAAUCGCUGCAGGCCAGCCAUGCGCGCGCUGCACAGGAAGCUUCCAAGAUCUCAUCUCGGGUGGAGCAGCUCGUGGGCAUGAUGACCGAGGAGCAAAGGAUCCGUGAAGCAGAGACCACCCAAGCAAAGCAAGGCAUCAGAGAGCUUGAGGCAACUCAAGCAAAUCUCACGACACAGCUCGAAGAUUUUGGUGGUGUCUUGGAAACUGUUCGGCGCAGUGUUUCCGAUGUAGACGACAUGCUGACCAAACGGCUGGGGGACGUCAGCAAGAGGCUUGAGACUGUGCAGGCUGUGCAGGCGGAGCAACGCACUGAAGCCGAAGAGCACAAAGCCGACUUGCAACGCUUGCACGACGGCUUGCACAACAGCACCAUUUUGGCAGAAAGGCAUCGGGCAGAGGACUUGCAACGCUUGACCAUCCCGCUUGAAGAGCAAAUGCAUGGUUUCACUUGGACAGAUACUUCUCAAGAGGAGAAGGAGGCAUGCGUCGUGCGACUCUUCCAGCGCUUCCCGGAUGUACUUUUACAUCUGGGCGAUCCACAGCUCGCGCAGCGGUUUGAGCUUCCCAGACAAAGCGUGAAGCUGAAGCAACAGCCGACUGAAAACAGACUCACGGUUGAGCUGAAGCGACGGCUGCAGAGCACCAGCGUCACAGCCGCAGCCCAAGGUGUGGCACAGGCCUUGGAUGCCAUGACCGCAUCACUGACGUCCCUGGCACAGUCACCUCCCUCACACGGUCAGAUGGCACCUGUCCAGCCCAUGCAGCCCAGAGAUCUUGCAUUCGGCCAAAGCCAAAGCUUUUUCUCAUCAAAUUUGGCCAGGCAAGCCCACACCUCCGGCUCACGAAGUUUCGUGAAGCCUCGUCACGAGCUUCUCAAGGAGGACAGCCACAGCUCCAGUUCGCCCUCUUUCGGGCGAGCGGCUGCGACGAAGGGCUUCGCGAAGGCGAAAUCCCUUCCAGCACGCGGGCAAAGUCCGCCGGGCGAUGGCGCUGAGGUCUGGCUGCCGGGCCAGAGCUCCGACGAGGAGCCUUCAAACCCUGCACCGCCGGCGCACGGCAAAAGCAACAGCUCCACCUCCAAACGAGAUGCGUCGCCGACCUCCAGUGAUCCGAGCUUUGAGAGCCCGUUCUUUCCCGUGGCUUUGCAGCGCGAUGCCACCGGCACCACAGAGGCAUCAGAUGCUGGUAGCACUAGUGCAGGCUUGGACAUCAAGUCGCUUCGCUCGCCUGCGGCAUCAGCCGCCGGUCGCCUGACCGGAGACCUCAUGGCACACGCACGCGGCUUGGGCGCCAGGCGCGGUCUGGCCUUGCAGCUCAGCUCCAAAAGCUCUCGGUCCUCUAUCGUGGUCCCCCCAAUGGAUGAUGACGGACGGAGCACUCCGCCAUCAUCUUCCAGCAGAAUGGCCGUGGGCAUGCGCAUACCAGACAGCGAAGAGCCUGCUGUGCAGCUUGUUUUUCAAACCGAGCCACCAAAGAGGCGGACCUCACGGUGCAACACUAUCCCUGCCGAUAUGAUGCUUGCGGUCGCCCCCCGCAUCCUGCAAGUUGCCAAGGUGCCACGGCCUUUGCCAGCAGCAUUCCCCAUCAGGCGGAACAUCAUCUUCUUCGACUGGGAUGAUACACUGUGUCCGACGAGUUGGAUCCGUAGUCUUCUCAAGGAGCACCUUGCAGACAUGGAGGAAUGGCUGGACCAGUAUGAUGACUGCCUUGAAACGGAAGAGGACUGGCGGGAUAGUAUACCCAGCUGGUUCAAACAACCGCUACCGGACGAGCCGCACGUUCGACAGCUUAUUGCAGACCUGCAAACGGCCUGUAUCCGAACGAUACGAAUAGCUCAGUCGCUUGGCGUGGUGUGCAUUGUCACCAACGCAGUGCCAGGUUGGGUGGAGAAGACGAUCAAGAGAUGGUUGCCCAAGCUGCGGACUCACAUAGGUGUGCAUGGUGUCCAUUCAGUCCGUUCUCAGCAUCCGAUCAAGGUUAUCUAUGCUCAGCAGGCCUACUGCGAUGGGUCGAAGAAUCAGAACCUUCCCUUCGUGGACGAGCAGGGUGAAUUCAUGCUUUGGAAGAAGGCGGCCAUGGCUGGCGCCUUGACGGAACUGGAUCACCUCUACGGCCUGGAAGAGAAGAACGAAGCCAAGGUUCCGGGGCUUCUGAACGUCGUGAAUGUGGUCUCCAUCGGAGACACCGAAGCAGAAAUGAGUGCUGCAGAGCUUGCGAGCCAGGGCCUUCACAGCCAGCAUCCAAAGCGGGGUCGUCUCUAUCGACGUGCCUGUGGCCUGCAGGACCAGCCUGAGCCUGGAGGCAACCAAUCGGAGAAACCGUGCGGAAGUCGGACAUCCUCCAAAGAUGGGAGCAAGGAGGAUGCCAGUGGCAGCAGCGGAAGCGAGAGUGGUCAGGGUGCUAGCGGCCUCGAGCGCAGCGAGCGGGACCGGGACUGCGACUUCGGAGAGUUUGGGCCGGGACGGAGCCGUUCCUUAGAGACCUCGAACCGGAGAGCCUUCGGGGCCUUCCGUCCUUGGGUGAAGCUGAUCAAACUCUCUGAGGGUUGUCAGGCCCGCAGGCUUACAGCACAGCUGGAGGAGAUCGCUCAGCUCCUGCCCAAAAUGUUGGCCCUACGGCGUGAUGUCCGAGUUGAUCUCACCGAAGGCGCCUCCAAAUCCCAAUUCUGGCAGAAGGCCCUCGGCUGUACUGAAGAGGACCUGCGGCUGGAGAGGCACCUUUGUGUUGAGACUUUGUGA